GGAGGCAGGGAGGGAGGCAGGCAGGCAGGGAGGGAGGCAGGCAGGCAGGGAGGGAGGCAGGGAGGGAGGGAGGGAGGCAGGCAGGCAGGGAGGGAGGCAGGCAGGCAGGGAGGGAGGCAGGCAGGCAGGCAGGCAGGGAGGGAGGAAGGAAGAAGGAAGAAAGAAGAAGGAAGAAGGAAGAAGGAAGAAGGAAGAAGGAAGAAGGAAGAAGGAAGAAGGAAGAAGGAAGAAGGAAGAAGGAAGAAGGAAGAAGGAAGAAGGAAGAAGGAAGAAGGAAGAAGGAAGAAUGAGGAAGGAAGAAGGAAGAAUGAGGAAGGAAGAAGGAAGAAGGAAGAAGGAAGAAGGAAGAAUGAGGAAGGAAGAAGGAAGAAUGAGGAAGGAAGAAGGAAGAAUGAGGAAGGAAGAAGGAAGAAUGAGGAAGGAAGAAGGAAGAAUGAGGAAGGAAGAAGGAAGAAUGAGGAAGGAAGAAGGAAGAAUGAGGAAGGAAGAAGGAAGAAUGAGGAAGGAAGAAGGAAGAAUGAGGAAGAAAGAAGGAGGAAGGAAGAAGGAAGAAGGAGGAAGGAAGAAGGAAGAAUGA